ACUAAAACGGAACGAGUUAAUCGUUGACGAUUAGGCACCCAUCAUCAUCCUCUCAUCCUUCAAUAUUUUCAAUAUUUUAGCUGCCAGAUUUUGCUGCUUCUUCCACAUAUCAGCUGAAAUCCAUGGCUGCAUCUUCCAUCCAAAUGUUUGCAACCAAUAUUCAAAAUUUGAACGGAGCAAGUUUCGCAAUCUCAGCUAUUACAGUGCAGAAAACAUGUUUAUAUAGAACUAAAUUAGUUCAUAUGAGAAGUAUACACGCUACAAAGUUAGUCCAGAUAAACUGUAUAUGUAGUAACAGGCAAAAACAGAAGUGGGCAGUGCCUAAAACAAGUUACAGGACGCAAUGUAAUGCAGGGGCAGCUGAAUUGGGAGGUUCAGGAAUUGGGUCCUUCGGAGGAAUGCCCGAACAGGAGUUAGAAAGAGAAAAUAGGCUUAAGAAGAAGAAAAAGAAGGAGGUUUUUAUUGCUGGAGUAGAUCAGGAUGAGUUGGCGGAUCCCCUAAGUUUAGCUGAUUCAGACAGUCUUUUUGUUGAGUUCAAUGGGGUUCAUUUACAUCAUAAAUUGGCUGAUUGCUCUAGUGAAAUUUCAGUGGCUGGUACUUCAAAUCUGGACAAUGGUGUGAAUAGUGUACAGAGUGACAUUGAUAGUUCGAUUGGGAUUCCUGCAAUUUUAUUACAUGGGUUUGGAGCCUCUGUCUUCUCCUGGGACCGGGUGCUGAAACCUCUGGCUAGGUUGAUCGGCUCUAAAGUUGUUGCUUUCGAUAGGCCUGCAUUUGGGUUAACAUCUAGAAUUGAGCUCCCAGCUAGUGCGAAUCUGCUCUCACUGAAUCCCUAUUCAAUUGGAUUUUCCGCUGCAGCAGCCCUCAGAUUUAUUGACCUCCUGCAGUCGCAAAAGGCGAUUUUAAUUGGCCAUUCUGCAGGCUGUCUGGUAGCAGCAAAUGCAUACUUUGAGGCUCCUGAACGUGUUGCAGCACUCAUCUUGGUUGCUCCUGCAAUUAUAGCCCCUUUAGUCAUUGGAAAGAACAAAAACAUGAAUAGAAAUCCAAAGCAAAGAAAUCAACAAGAUGAUAACUUUAUUCCAGAAGAGGGAGCAAAUCCUUUUAGAAAGAUCAAAAUGAUGCUAUUUAGGCUGUGGGCAGUUGCUUCUAGAAUGGUUGUGAACAUGGUUCAAGAAAUGAAGUCAGUGGCAAAUACAGUUUACCAGAAAAUCUUGUCGAUCAUCCUUCGUUCCAGCAUUGCAGUAAUGCUGGUGAGAUUUAUUAUGGAUAAGUACAGCAGAGAGGCAGUAAGGUAUGCAUGGUAUGAUAAAAAUCAAGUAACUGACCAAAUCAUACAUGGAUACACAAAGCCACUAAAAUGCAAAGGUUGGGAGAAAGCCCUAAUAGAGUUUACAUUAGCCAUGUUAACAGACUCUUCAUCUGAAGGGAAGCUUCCACUUCAAAAACAGCUUAAAGAUAUCUCCUGUCCUGUGUUGAUUGUAACUGGUGACACGGAUCGGAUAGUUCCUGCAUGGAAUGCUGAACGAUUGGCAAAUGCUAUAUCUGGAGCCAAAUUUGAAGUUAUAAAAAAUUGUGGUCACUUACCCCAGGAAGAGAAGCCGGAGGAAUUCCUUGCUGUAAUUCAGAGGUUCUUGCAAUGGGCUUUCAACACUUCUGAGAAACAGGUCCUUCAAAUAGCUGGAUAAUAUCAGUUGUAAGACUCCAAGCACUGAAUUUGGGUAACUUUUGACACAGCAGAAAUCUCUCCUUAGUAAGCUCCUCAAGAAAUGUAUUGUACCUGUAGUUGUUAUAAUGAUAGAAGGUAAAUAUUUUAGGACUUCUACAAAAUAAGCAUCAAAAUUCAAUAGUGCUAAAUUAGAUAUUUUUGGCAAAAAAUAUUAUGCCUAUCUUCACUUACAACUUAUACUACUUAAUCAAGUUUGCAGGUUAGCAAAAGCUGGUCCUUUGUUAUAUAAUAAAACAUGGUGUUACAAGAAAUCUUGAUGCUCUGAUGGCUCAACUGGCAUUACUCAUCCAGCCUUUUCUGCUGUUUCCUGUGGCCUACUGUCAUGCCCCCGAUCAUGACAUAAUAAAUUUAAUCAAAUAUAAUUCUUAUUCUCAUAUCAAUGUAAUCAGAAUUAAAUAAAGUAACAAACAAAUUCAGGAAUAUAUUGUUGUGCUCAGAAAAUUGUCUUAUAAUAAGACUUCUCACAAUUUUCUUAAACACCCUUGCUGAUCGGCAAUCUCAGAUACAUAAGGAUAAUACUCUUGAUUGGGUCUCUUACCUCAUGUUCCCAUGUGGCUGCUUAACUCUAUUUUGUGCUUAAAUUUAAGCAGUUAAGUGUAACCCUGCAACUUUAAAAUUGUGAAAGAAAAGGAUAAUUUAGAAUCUUUCUCUA